GAUCGAAGUUGUCGAUAUCGAAGAACUUCUCUUCUCAUUGCUAUGUCACCACCCCAAGCUGAUUUACAGACGAAACCAGACCCAUACAUCAUAGAUCAGGUUUCAGAAUCCAGAAUGGCUUCAGAGAAAAGUACCAAAAAGACCAAAAUUAUUGCAGGGGCCAUUUUGGUGACCUUGGUAAUUGUCGGUUGUAUUGUCUUUGGAUCAUUGGCCUACAGCUAUCGCCUUUUCUAUAAAACGGAAUAUAAAGCUGAAUCUAGAAUUGACGGAGAGAAGAUACCAGAACAUAUCUAUGUUGAUUAUAAGAAAGAACUGAUCUACGUUAACAACAAGAAAGCGGGACGAGUCGAUGGCAUGAGAGCAUUACAUAAUUACAACAGGAAAUUGGUGGCCCUAUAUGAUGAAACUCAGAACAUUUGUUUGAUAGACCGUUUGGAUGAGGAUUUCGACGGCGGACUGAAAUAUUGGUCUAAAUAUGGCGGAAGUGAUUCGAAUCAGCAGAAGAUGACUUUUGAUUACUCCGAAGACCCAAUCGAACCAAAGGUCCUGAAGAGGUUCGCUGGGGAAGAGGUGGCACUUCAUUGUGCUCAUAACAACGCCACGGCUCACUGGAUGUAUGCUUCUAAACCAUACGUUGGAACUUUGGAUACAAAAGAAACUGAAAGCCAUGAUAUUGAAAAGAGAGGAAUUUGGCGAUGCUAUUAUUACUACUUUAUAUACUAUGGUAGAUUGUAUUGGUACCGAAGAUGUUACUAUAUCGGCUAAACGUAUGAUGACAGAAUGUUUUGUGUAGCAUGUUUUUUUAUAGAAGAUUUUGCAAAUUUAGUAGUAGCGCUGUCAUUUUGUAAUACAUGGUCUUUAUAGAGUCAAAAAUAACAUGCCUUUCUUACCUUACUAUUUGUUUGAGCGGUUGCUAUGAACGGUAUAAGAAAUGCAAGAAUACGUAACCAAAUUUCAGAUCCCUUAAUGAUAUUGCAUUCAUCGAAUUAUUACAGUUUGUCAGAAUGAUUCAUGAUUUUUGGUAGAUUUGAUAUAAAUGCAAAAUCAUGGUAAAUAUAUAAUAUUUGAUAGGUUAGGGAUAUUUUAUUUUAUCUAAUGUGUUCAUCAAAGUUUGCAAAAUUUUCCUUUACUGACCAAUGCUUUAUGUUCUAUAUGACUAAUAACGAACCAUAUAAUAAAACUUGAAUUGUAAAAAUUAAAAGUAGAUGAGAUAGAGCAGAGAAAGAGAGACAGAGGGGGGGGGGGGUGUUUAAUCGUGAAAGUUUACUGACUGUGUUAACAAUAAUGUUUUAAAAUGUAUUCGAUUAUAUUUGUUUCAUAAUAAAAUACUAGUG